AUGAGAUUCAAAAUAUCUGCACAAAAUCGAAAUGGUCAUAAGCGGUUGGUGACCUGUGUCGCAUGGAGCUCUGCCGAAGAAAUUUACUCUUGCGGAGAAGAUCAUUUGCUAAUAUCAUGGCACUUGGAAGGCGGAAUAGCGCAUUCCAGUGUCGUCACAGAAUUUCCCGAUGACUUUUAUCCGACGGACAUGCAAUGGCAUCCGCGGUCGAACUAUGCGACGUUGAUUACCAAGAAACAAUCGCUGGAUGUUCUACUAAUCACUACGGCCGAUGGAAAGUAUCAUUUAGUAAAUAAAAAUGGGCGCAUAGAAAAAAGCAUUGAUGCUCAUAAAGGGGCAACUACAGUAGGCAAAUGGAGUACAGAUGGUUCUGCCCUUUUAACUGCUGGAGAGGAUGGUUUAAUAAAGGUCUGGUCCCGCAGUGGUAUGCUUCGUUCAGUCAUAGUCAGAGGUACAUUUCCUAUUUUGUCUGCUGCCUGGAGUCCAGAUGGUACGACAGCCUUAUAUUCUCAGGGAGCUCAUUUAACAUUUCAGUCCCUUAACUCCAACUCUAAACCUCGAAAGUUACUGGCACACGAGGGUCUCAUUUUGGCAUUAUCCUGGAGUCAUACUAAUGGACUCAUAAUCUCUGGUGGGGAAGAUUGUAGAUACAAGGUAUGGGACUCCAGUGGUACUCAACUGUUUUCCAGCAACACAGGAGAUCAUCCUAUCACAUCAGUGAGUUGGAGUUAUUCAGGGAAUCACUUUGCUGUCGGAUCUUUUAAUACAGUCAAACUUUGUGAUAAAACAGGGUGGUCUUAUUCAUUGGAAAAAAUUAAUUCGGGAAGUAUAUACAGUAUUGCUUGGUCUAGCGAUAGUACUCAAGUUGCUAUGGCUUGCAGUAAUGGAACAGUGUUAACAGGACAUAUAAUAGACAGAAGAUUAGAAUGGAACAGCUAUGAAGCUACAUUAGUGAAGAGGAAGGUAAUCGAAAUCAGACAUAUCGGCAACGAGAUCCGAGAAACAUUGGAGAUAUCGGAUCGCGUGGUCCAAAUAGAAUUCGGUUUUGACCAUUUAGUUGUUAUCACGCCCGCUCAGUGCCAUGUUUAUUCGGUAGUAAAUUGGAAUACACCAGCCAUAUUUGAUUUGAAGAAUACCAGUGUGUCAGCAGUACUUCUUGCAGAAAAACACUUUCUAUUAAUUGAAUGGAACAGCGUAUCAUUGUACAGUUAUCAAGGCCGUUUGUUAGGAACUCCAAAAUGGAAAGGAAUGACACAAGAACGACUUCAUCCCCCCUGUGUAUCAUUGUGCUCAGAUACUUUAGUCGUGAAAUCACAGACUAACGAAAAAUUGCUUCACGUUUUGGAAGUGGCUUAUAAUAAACCAAUAACCGAAAGUCAACCUUAUAUACAUCUUCAGAAUAUCACAAGGGUAGCACUGAACCACGUAGGAGGACCAAAUGAUCGACAAGUCGCGUUAAUUGAUGUAAAUAAAGACUUGUUUUUGGUUUCUGUUAGAACUACUGGCUUUGGUAGAGUGUGUAAAAUAGCCGCUAUGGCGCAAGAUAUUGAGUGGGCGACAGAUGCGAAUGUCCUAGCGGCAAUGCUGGAUGCAACGUUGUCGGUAUGGCUGUGUCCUAAUUGUGUGCAUUAUAGUGAUCGAAAAAUAAUAAGAAAAACAAGAAUUGACAAGGAGAGCAGUGAAUUUGGAAAACAACCAAGCAUUGCGAGUGUAUAUAAUGGUAUGGUAAUGGUACGGCGUGGUGACGGAGCAUUAGUUGCAUCUUCCUUUUAUACAUUCUUUAUUAGUCUUCAUCAGCAUAUAUUAAACAGAAGGUGGAAAGAAGCAUUGUCCCUCUGUCGAAUAGCUCAGAAUGAAAUAUUGUGGACUUGCAUGGCUGUUAUGGCAACUGACAAUAAGGAAUUGAGUGCUGCAGAAGAAGCAUAUGCAGCAAUUUCGAGAUUUGACAAAGUCGACUAUAUUCAGUAUAUUAAGGGUUUGUCAAAUAAAACUGAAAGACUGGCAGAAAUGGCGCUACUGUCAGGUGACUUAUUAACCGCAGAAGGCAUACUUUUGCAAAAUGGAUUGAUUGAAGAAGCCAUUCGGAUUAAUAUUCAAAUGUACAAUUGGAAUAGAGCAUUAGAACUGGCUAUUAGGCACAAAAAACAGCAAGAUGAAGUUCUAAACGCAAGGAAGAAAUACCUUCAAGUAAUCAAUAAGGACGAAACAAAUCAAACCUUUCUUGCAUACAUUGCAAACGUGGCCAAACUACAAUGAGAAACUUUUACUAGGACGGCAAUGAAAAAGA